CCUGUGCAGAAACGGGUGCUCGACGCCUACGCCGACUUCGAGAUGUUGGUAGCCGCCAACUACUCGGACCCGGACGGACUAGGCCUGCCCAAUAUCGGGACAAUAACGGGAUACCUCAACGAGCAACCACGUGCACCCACCCCUACCAACAACCCCUCAACCGCACCUGCAGCCGCUACAGGAGCCGCACCGAUGCCAUCGAAUGUGCCAGCACCGAGCAUGAACAAUCUGCCACCUCCACCACAGACACAAGCUCAGCCGCCCAAUCAGAUACCAACAAGCGCACUCCCGCCUGUACUAGCACACACGCAUCCCAACCCUCCACCUUCCGUACAGCAGCAGCAGCAAGCCCAGGCGACGAUAGACCCAACGGGGGAUACACCCACACCAAUACCCACGCAGAGUACUGACCAAAGCGCAGGACAAGAUGGCACGCACAUGCACAAGCAACUGCAGGCGGAGAGCACACCGCAGAAGCCUCCGGGCGCAACGGUGGAUGUGUAAAUAAAUAAACAAAAAGGUUCAAUUGAGUGUGUUUGCGAG